CCCCUAUUCUAUGUCUGACUGACUUGGAACCAAAGUUUCUAUUCCAACUGUCUCCACCGAACGGCGCAAACCGUAUUUUGAGCAGCUCCGUCCAGACUUGAGUUUAUUUACUCAAAUCUUUUUUAAAAAAAUAAAAAAGCCCAACAGCUUUUCGCCUUUGGAUAUUUAACUUAAAAACAAAAAACACAAAAUGGCUCUGCGUUUAGGACCCAAAGGUAUGGACAGGGCUAUCCAGUCCAAGGUGCUCUCAAAAUACGACACCAGUGCCGAACAAGAAGUUCGGAAUUGGAUCAAACAACUGUUGGAUGAGGAUAUUGGAGCCGGCCCAUAUGAAGUGGAAAAACAUCUUAAAAGUGGCGUUGUCCUCGUCAAACUGGCAGAAAAAGUGAUUAAAGGUACCCCAGAUUCAGAUCUUCCGUCUGAAACAAAGAGUUGUACCCUCAAGACAAAUGCAUCCUGUACACCUUUCAAACAGAUGGAAAACAUCGAGACCUUCUUGAAUGCUUGCAAAGCUUAUGGGGUGCCAGACAACAGCUGUUUCCAAACCGUUGAUCUGUUUGAGGGUCGUAACAUGGCAAUGGUGAUUGCAACACUUUUGCAGUUAGGUACCGAGGCCCAACGCCGAAACUACAAUGGAGCUGUUUGUGGCCCAAAACCAACUGAAAAACAUCAAGUAAAUUUCAGCGAAGAACAGCUAAGAGCUGGAGAAGGAAUCAUUGGUUUGCAGGCUGGCACUAACAAGUUUGCUAGUCAAAUUGGUAUGAAGAUUGGAGCUGUAAGACAUAUUGCAGAUAUCAGAGCUGAUGACAUGAACAAAGAGGGCCAAGGUGUAAUCUCCCUCCAGGCUGGCACAAACAAGUAUGCCACUCAGUCAGGUAUGUCUUUUGGUGCCGUCCGCCAUAUUGCUGAUAUUAGAGCAGAUGAAAUCACCCAGGAUUCCCAGGGUCAUAUUGGUUUGCAGAGUGGAACCAAUAAGUGUGCCAGUCAGGCUGGUAUGAGUGGUUUCGGAGCUGUUCGCCACAUCAGUGACAUCAGAGCUGAUGACAUGAAUGCAGAGGGUCAAACAGUGAUUGGGCUCCAGGCUGGUAGCAACAAGGGUGCCAGCCAAAAGGGUAUGAGCUGUAUAGGUGGCGUAAGACACGUGGCUGAUAUUCGGUGUGAUGACCAUUCAAGAGAUGCUGAAGGUAUGUUGACUCUGCAGGCUGGUACAAACCAGUUUGCCAGUCAGAAAGGCAUGACAUCUUUCGGUGCUGUUCGCCACAUUGCUGAUAUUAGAGCUGACCAAUUUGACAAAGAGAGCGAUGGUUCCCUGUCACUCCAGGCUGGAACCAACAAGUUUGCCAGCCAGGCAGGUAUGUCUUUUGGUGCUGUUCGCCAUGUGGCUGACAUCAGAUGUGAUGAAUUCAGUGAGUCAGGUAAAUCUACUAUCAGUUUGCAAUACGGUCAUAACAAGGGAGCUACCCAAACGGGCAUGAACAUUGGUAAAGCACGACACAUCUGUGCACAAAGACACAAUUUCAGUGGCUCACAAUGUGGUCCAAAGCCUCAUGAAUCCCGUGAAGUUCGUUUCGAUCCUGAAGUAAUGCGUGCUGGUGAAGGAAUCAUUGGACUUCAGGCUGGAACCAACAAAUAUGCUACACAGAAAGGAAUGGUGAUGGGAGGAGUCCGCCAUGUUGCAGACAUCCGCUGUGACAAGUACGAUCCAGAAAGUUCCAAAGACAUUAAUCUACAAAGUGGCACCAACAAAUUUGCCACUCAAAAGGGAAUUGUCAUUGGGGGAGUUCGCCACGUCGCAGAUAUCCGUUGUGAUGACUUUAUACAGGACUCACAAGGACAUGUCGGCUUACAGAGUGGUUCAAAUAAAUUCGCUACCCAAAAGGGUAUGAGCUUUGGAGCAGUCCGCCAUGUGAAUGACAUCAAGUCAGAUGAAAUCACUGAUGAAGGCAAACGUACCAUCAAUCUCCAAUAUGGCUUUACUACUGGGGCGAACCAAUCAGGAAUGAGCUUUGGAAAGAAUAGAUCUAUUCUGUUAAUCAAUUCUAGUGAACACUUUAUGUCUGUAUUGUUAACAUAUCCUCCUUGUUGUCUAUCCCAGGCACAAAGACACAAUUUCAAUGGUUCAUCAUGUGGUCCGAAGCCUCAUGAAUCUCGUGCAGUUCAUUUUGAACCAGAAGUAAGGCGUGCUGGUCAUGGAAUUGUUAUUCUUCAGGCUGGAAGCAACAAAUAUGCAACGCAGAAAGGAAUGGUGAUGGGUGGUGUCCGCCACAUUGCAGACAUCCGUUGUGACCAGUAUGAUGCAGAAAGUAACAGAGAAGUCAGUCUGCAAAGUGGCAGCAACAAAUUUGCAUCCCAGAAAGGUAUGAGCUUCGGAGCAGUUCGUCACGGGAAUGACAUCAAAUCAGAAGAGAUCUCUGAUGAAGGAAAACGUACCAUCAAUCUCCAAUAUGGCUAUACUGCUGGAGCGAACCAAACAGGGAUGAGCUUUGGAAAGAACAGAUCUAUUGUAGAUUAUAUUCCUGAACCAAUGUUUUACAGAUAUUAUUCCGUCAACAGGAGUUACAAUUCAGAAAAUAUAAUUCAGGCAAUUGUUUGUGGAGAAGCACAAAAGCACAAUUUCAAUGGUCCACAAUGUGGUCCGAAGCCUCAUGAAUCUCGUGAACUUAAUUUCGAUACUGAAGUAAUGCGUGCCGGUGAAGGAAUCAUUGGACUUCAGGCAGGAAGCAACAAAUUUGCAACACAGAAAGGAAUGAGCUUCGGAGCUGUCCGCCACGUAAAUGACAUCAAAUCAGAAGACGUGUCAGAAGAAGGCAAGCGUACCAUCAAUCUUCAAUAUGGCUUCAACCAUGGAGCAAACCAAGCGGGAAUGAACUUUGGAAAGAAAAGAUCCAUUGUGGAUAUAUAAUUUCUCACUAUCAAAAGUGUAAUUAAACUGUUUAAAAGGUU